UCGCUCAGUCUCUAGAGCUUCCUCCCUUCUUCCCUCCCUUCCUGCUCCAUGGCGUCGCUCCUGUGCUGUGGGCCUAAGCUGGCCGCCUGUGGCAUCGUCCUCAGCGCCUGGGGAGUGAUCAUGUUGAUAAUGCUCGGGAUAUUUUUCAAUGUCCACUCUGCUGUAUUAAUUGAGGACGUUCCCUUCACAGAGAAAGACUUUGAGAACGGCCCUCAGAACAUAUACAGCCUGUACGAGCAAGUCAGCUACAACUGUUUCAUCGCCGCGGGCCUCUACCUCCUCCUCGGAGGCUUCUCCUUCUGCCAAGUUCGGCUCAAUAAGCGGAAGGAAUACAUGGUGCGCUAGAGCGCAGCCCUCCCUCCCUCCCCACCCCACUCCUCUAUUUAAAGACUCCUCAGCCUCAGUCUGUCCCACCCGUCUGGCGUCCUCCGGGACCGAGUUACCCAGCGAGACCGUAUCCCUGGCCCUGCAAAUUCUGCUGCCCAGCCCCUGGAGGGGACCGGGGCUGACCCCGCCCUGUCCUGAGCUACAAUAAAAAGAAGCGGUUCUCCUAA